AUGGGCUGUGUAAAUGGAGUUUAAAACAAUCAAAACCUGAAAAAUAAAAUAAAAAAAAUGUUGAAUAUAAUGAUUUAAUAUGAGGAAAAAAUAAACUUUAUCAAUUAACAAUUCCUUGCUGAUUUACAAGAGAUACUUACAUCUGAUGAAUAUUAAAUUGAUGAAUAAAUUAUAAUCGUAGUAGAAAAUAAAUCUGAAUGCGAAACAAUUUGCUCUUAAUUAGAUUGCAGUACAAAAAAGGAGUAAAUUUUAAUUGAAAACUAUCAAAAAUAAAUUGCUGAAUAAAAUGACAAAAUAAAACCUUUGAUUAACUAAGCUUUAUUCUACAUUUAAAAUUUUGCCAGCAUUCAAAGUAAUGUAGAAUUCCCUGUAUUAAGAUAGUGCAUAAAAAAAUUCUAAUAAAAUGGAUUUUCAUAUAAAAUAAUAACAAUCCAAUAAAUUAACUAAAAAUAAAAAUUUAAAACAAAUUUAGAUAUUAUUGGUGCUCUUUGUGAAAGUGUUAUUAUCCAAUGA